AUGUCCAAAAAAGUCCUCGAAAACAACCUCCUUACUAGCAGAAGCUCAACUUCCCCCACCUCUGCUUUUCAUCCCGUCCCGUCCUCACCUCCAUCCCAUCAACUUGCCCCUCCAUCCUUUUUCUUCCUCCUUGAAUACUACACUUUACCUGCAACAACAAACUACAAGGAAGCCUUCGCUCUCUUCGACAAGCGCGGGAAUGGGCGUAUCCCGUUAAGCUCCCUGGGCGACCUUCUCAGGGCUUGUGGACAGAACCCCACGAAUGCAGAGGUUGACGAUCUCAUCCACGGCUCUGCACCCAAAGGCGAUCUGGACUUUGAGUCGUUUUUGAAAAUCCUGAACCGUCCGAAUGGGUUCCGUGAUCCAGGGGAGCCGGAUGAGUUUGUUAGGGGGUUUCAAGUAUUUGACAAAGACUGCACGGGUUACAUUGGGGUUGGGGAGCUGCGAUACGUUCUUACCUCUCUUGGUGAGAAGCUCACCAAUGAGGAAGUUGAUGAGCUACUCAAGGGCAUGAACGUUCAUGGCGAUCAGGUUAACUACACUGAUUUCGUCAAGAUGAUUCUCGCAAACUGAUUUUAUUUUGUUUUUAAACGAUGAGCAUGUCUGGAUGAGGGGACAAGCGCUGCCGGAAACGGCACAAAUAUUCCCCUUUUGGUUUCGUUAUAUAUCCUUCUACCCUGUCUUUUUAUUACUGCUGCUACAAUGGAGUUCUCUCGCGAAA